GGACGAAUCACUCCCGGGCUGGUUCACACCCUUAAUCAUGGACAUGUUCGAGUGGCUGUGGUGAAUCGUAGUGCAAUAAAUGUGCUGAGUUGUCUACCAGAUUAUAUUGUUUAAAGAUUGGAAUACAUGAGUGGGUAUCGUACAAAAUUUAAUGAAGUUCGUUGGCUGGCGAUAGCAUAAGUAAAUUCGAACCUGUACCGACGGGUUGAAUUCCGCAGUUGGUACAUCAUGGGCCGAUUUUGUUUAGGCACGGCCGCACGGGGUUAAGCACCAGCCCAUCCUGUACCAAGUUUGAAACCAAUUCCAUCUCAGGAGCAUAGCCUUGAAGGGGGAAGGGGAAGAAAAGAGCUUCCGCCUCGAGCUCCUGCCGCCGGCGGCCAUCUGCACCUGCCCCACCGGCCGUAGCUCCCUCCUCAUUCCCCGCCUUACUUGCUAGCCAUGGAUCAGCUUCGACUAACCCGGUGGCCUCGCGAGAGUCAACCUCUCCAUGGUAGCCGCUAGGGCUACAGUACACUGCCGCCGCCGGCCGGAGCUCCCGCUGACGCGCCGCCUGCUUCCCAUCCCUGGUUCGGCUGGACUCUAGCCGCACCUACUCUCUUACUCUCUGCGUUCGAUUCGUCUCCGCCGCCACUGAUUUCAGGUCGCCACCAGCUCACUGCUAACAACGCCGAGCUCUCUGCCCCCGUCGACUAUAUCAAGCUUGAAUCAUCUCCGGGAACGUGUCUCUUAGUGUAUAAAAAAUGGGGACAGAGUUCUUCCAUGAUCUGGAUCCCAGCUUGGCGGACGUGAUUGCACAAGUUCGUUGCACCGAUGUAGAUAUAGAUCCCCAUGUUGGAUGCUCAUCGUUGAUCCCCUUCAAUACCCAGCCAGUAGUUCUGCCGGCCGCCUUGAUGGAUAGUUGCAGCGCUGAUUCGGACGGGUUCUCGGUGAAUGAACUGGUUGCGCCAAGACGUGAAGUUACAGAUGUUGCUGAGGAGGUUUCUGGUUCUGGUACAAGGAUAGGAGGGGAGAAAGCUGUGGUAUCGGGAUGGAAACGAAGGCAUCGUGUGGGGAAAGCAGCGCCAGAAAGAAUUUUGAAUCCAUCUCGUGUUAGUCCUUUGGAGAAGACACUGAGAGAUUUCCCUACCAGGGAAACUGGAGAGGUCAUUUUACCUGAAGUGGGGCUUUCGUUCGACUCCGUAAAUGAAGCUUAUGAUUUCUAUAACUUGUAUUCUUGGGAAUGUGGCUUCGGCAUACGUUAUGGGAAGAGCCGCCUAAAUGUGGAUAGAGUGAAAUGUAUGCAAGAGAUUGUAUGUGGAUGCUCGGGCAAACCAAAAAUGACGAACUCGCACUCCGCUAUGUGCCAGUGCCCUGCUCUGAUCAGGUUGCUUCGGUCUAAGGAUAAUGGUUGGUACAUCUGUGAGCAUAGGGACAAACACAACCACGGCUUGUCAGCUUCGUUCGGUGAAAGGGCUCAUUGGCCAUCCCAUAGGCACAUUGACAGCUACACAAAGGAUCUCGUGAAGCAAUUGAGAGAAAAUAAUGUGAACCUGGGGAAGGUGUACAGCAUUAUUGGUAGUUUUUUUGGGAAAAUAGAAAAUGUACCAUUUACGAAAAGGUCUUUGAAGACACUUUGCGGGAAGAUCAGCCGUGAGCAAGCUGAUGAUGAUGUCCGAAAAACAAUCGAGGUUUUCUCUGAUAUGGGAGCGAGUGACCCUGAGUUUACAUACACUGUCCAAGUUGAUGCUGAAAAUAGGAUCAUGAAUCUUCUCUGGACAACGGGGAAGAGCCGAGUGCAGUACCACUACUUUGGCGAUGCUAUCACCUUUGAUACCACCUACAGGACGAAUGUGUAUGAUAUGCCCUUUGGACUACUGGUUGGUGUUAAUCACCACUUCCAGAGCGUGAUAUAUGGUGGCGUGCUGCUAAGGGAGGAGAAAGUUGAAAACUUUGAAUGGGUAUUCAGAGAGUUUGUCAAGAUGAUGGGAGGGAAACAACCAGUUACAAUACUCACCGACCAGUGCCGAGCAAUGGAAGUAGCAAUAGGAAAUGUAUUGCCCGGAACUACACAUAGAUGGUGCAAGUGGCAUGUCCUUCGGAAGGCAAAAGAGCGCUUGGGUGCUCUUUAUGGUAAGAACAGUCUUUUCAAAGAAGAGUUUCACAGGAUUGUGAACCAGAUGCUUACCAAAGAGGAGUUUGAGGGGGCGUGGAAACACAUGCUGAACAAGUACUGCCUCGAGAAGAAUCCGUAUUUGAUUCAAAUAUACGAGACCCGUGAAAAAUGGGCUAAACCAUACUUCUGUGGGAAGUUCUGUGCUCGUAUGACAAGCACGCAAAGGAGUGAAAGCGCAAACCACAUGUUGAAGAGUUAUGUCCCACCUGGUUCAGCGAUGCACGUGUUUGUCAAACAAUACAACAAGCUUCUCUAUGACAGAGACUCGGAAGAAAGUUUCCAGGAAAAAAGGACUAGACUGGGAGGUGUGGUGUUUAAAUCUGGUCUGCCCAUUGAGAAGCAUGCAGCGAAGAUUUAUACCCGCACUAUGUUUGAGAAGUUCCAAGAUUUCUUGUACAUGGCCAUGUCGUAUGAUGUUGAUGAAAUAGUUAGUGGACAGAAAUUCGUGGCCAAACAUGUCGAUAGUGACACGAGAGAGAAAUGGUGCAAGGUGAAUUUUGAAGUGACUUUGUCAGAUGGGUACUACUCAUGUGAAUGUUUCAUGUAUGAGCACAUGGGCAUGCUAUGCUCUCAUGUUCUUAAGGUUCUUGUUCAUUUAAGAAUGAAGGAGAUCCCGCCUAAGCACGUGUUGAAGAGGUGGACCGUGGAUGCUAGAGAUAUAUUGCCUGAGCACCUAAAACACUAUCAAAAGAACAAUGGCUUGGUGAAAUCGUUCAGUUAUAGGCAUUCUCAGCUUUACCUUAAUGCAAUGGAGAUGGUUCGUCUUGGGGACACAAAUUUGGAGACUUACCAGGCUGCGAUAGAGAUGCUGAAGGAAGGAAUACCUAGGCUAACAGCGCUGGCAGUGGUGGGAGAUGGUUUGGGUCUUGAAGAGCGGAUGAACGCAAAGAAAGCACGCACCGCUGUUGUAGGGCCGGCAUUACAGAAUGCUGAGAGUACUGAAACAGGUGACGGUUGCACUACUUUCAGUUUAGAUGCAGCCCUAUUAGCUCCAUCCAAGAACCGGAGUGGGGGGAGGCCAACUCAUAGCCGAGAUAAACCACCGUAUGAGACAACUUCCAAGAGGACUCGUUUCUGCACAAUCUGCAGAGAGCCAGGGCACAAAAGCACGACUUGUCCUUUGAGGCCACCAAGUGCUCAGAAACCACGGAAAGAAGCCAGAUGUUCGAAUUGCGGCCUUGCAGGACACCGGAAGAACACUUGUGUCCAAAAAAAUUGAUUAAUUAGGGACCGCAAUGGUUGAUGGAAGAUUGUUUUACAUAUGUCAUUAGUAGAUUGCUAUUUCAAGCUUUGUAGAGAAACUAGAAGUUUUAUUAAAUCUGUUUCAAUGUAGCUCGAUGUAAACGAAUGUAAUUAAGUGUGAGAUGACUUGUAAAAACAUGUGUAAUGUGAUGCAUUUGUCUUCUAGAUGCCUAA